AUGCACCUCAACCAAGUCUUUCUGGUCGUCACCCUCAUUCAAUCUCUCACUGCCUCUGACUUCGCGAGUGCUGCCAACGAUCACAUCCAUCAAGCAAGCGGGACAACUAACGUGAAGGACGCGUUCGCAGUGGCUCCCGAACGGAUCGAUAACUUUGGGGAGUCAACUACGUCCACCGACGUUGCAGCAAGUCAAGAAGAGCGGCUUGUACCUGCCGUCGCUACAGGGCGCACACACGCCAUCCUGCCAAGCGUCGUAGCUCCAUCAGAGCCGACAGAGAUGACGAGACGGUCCGCAGUCACAUCCUCUUUUGGGUACAUUGACGCGGUUGCUGGGAACGAGGCAAGAGCUCUGUCAUUAGUCUCGAUCUAA